AUGGCCUACAACCCUGUCGCUCAGGUUGACGAGGUCGCCUCUCACUCCGGCUCCGAUGCAUCGCGCUCCCCGUCCCCGACUCGCGGUACCUUCCACCACCUAUGCGAUACCGACCUGGGAGGAAACCACCUGGAGUCCGCGCAGAUCGACGACAAACCGGGCUUGGCCCAGCUGGGUUCGAUACUCCAAUCCAUGUCCUCCACGAGCUACGAUAUAGUCGAGGCCGAUGAAUACGAUGUCGAUCCUUCCCUUGCCAAGCAAUCAGUCAACCCCCGGAGCAUUCCUCCACUCAAUACGACUGUCGCGCCACAUUCCUCUUCCGAGACUCCCUUGCACAGUGCAUCCAGCGACCUCCACACCCCUCUUAGUCACCCGGUCCCAGAUCUACAAUCUAUCCAGGGCGCGUACAUUGGCAAUGUAGAGCGGUUGGAAAUGAGUGCUGAGCGUCUCAGCUCCAGUUCAGCAGACAUUGGCAGUGAAAUUCGCAGGAUGGACCAGGAGCAGAAACGACGUUCCUGCAGUUCAGCGUCGAACUCAAUCAACAUGCGGAAUGGAACAUUCUCCCCAACGGGCGUUGCGUCCCCUCUCGGAUCGACCAUCUCCACGCGACAGCGCUCUGUGUCUGGCGCAUCCCGCCUCGCCCAGGUCGCGGAGCCCGAUCACGAAGAGGUUCACUUUUUGGAUAACUUCCCGGCCCCGUUACCGAUCCUUCCAGACUCGCAAACCCCAGUUUAUGCUCAUGGCAAUGAGGUCUACUAUGGACAAUAUGAUGGACAAUCUGGUGGUCCUGCUGGGGAGCUUGAGAGGCCAGGUACCGCCGCCUCGGGCGAUACCUAUCAGCAGGCCCGGACACUGUUUACAGACUUUGAUGGCGUCCAUUUCGCGCCCUUGGAGGGCGCAAAUUCCGGACGGCAGCUUUCCCUGAGCCAGCCGCCCCUUGCCAGCAAGCCUGAGUCUUUCAAGAUGCCAAAAACGGGCGAACACAUGGUGUACUACCCGGCACCCGUCCCCCGCAUGUUGAACUUGCCCCCGAAGCUGUCUCGCAAGCCAAUCGCAGAACGCGAACAGCGUCGUAUGCAACUCUUGACCUCCAUUGUUGCUGAAGAUAGAAAGUCAGAAGCAUGGGCCAGAUCUAAGCAGGAAACGCCGAGUGGUAACCAGAAAGUCAAACGCCAGUCCGCAAUUCCAGCGCAUCUUCGCGCAAGCGUCUUCUUUGAAUCCCCAAGCCAAUCGCUCGAGAUCGAUGCCAAACAGGACUCUGCCGUUGCCACGCUUGACAGCAUUCUCGACGCUUCGGCCAAUGCACCUGUAUCAGCCUUUACUGAUCACCCUUACGCUGGUCAGGUUGGCUCGUACGUCUAUGCGAACUCGAAGCGCAAGACCAUUUCGAAGGAUCCGACGAGAUUGAAAGAGCGGAAUUCUCAGCUUUCCAUGGGUCAGCAUCAGAGUUCCCAGCGAGGUAGCUCGGUUGGUUCGGAAAAUGGAAGAGGCGAAGACCAUCACGAUGAGCAUGAUUUAGAACUGUCAGGCAGCGAAACUGAAGGCGAUGAGGAUUCGCCGGGAAGCGAGGAGGAGGACGUCGAAGAUUAUAUUGGACCACCAAACACACUACUGGCAGAACUGGAGCUUCGGAAACAAGAAUUGAAGCAGCGACAACGCACUUUCGUGCCUAAGCCGACGCCGGGGAUGACAAACACUCUUCUCGAAUUGGAUGCGAUGGCCCAGAUGCAAAGUGAGAAAAGACGCCGGCGGCCAGUUACCCUGGCAUGGGGCAGUCACAAUGCCGAUGAUGAAGAGGUUCCAUUGGCUAUGCUUUACCCUGACAAGGCCAAUCUCGACGACGAUCGUCCGGUUGGUCUGAUGGAGCGACGACAGCUCGAAGAAAACGAGCCAUUGAGUUCGCGUCGAGCGAGACUUCGAGGUGAACCGGUCCCUGAAAAAAGUCGUGUCACCAUGUAUACCGAGGCUGCCGAGGCCCCCGAGCCGGAGGCAGAGAGUGGUGACGAGGUCGAGACGCUGGCCGAGCGACUACGACGCUUGCGAGGACAGAACCCGACAGAAAGCGAAUUUGCUCAUGAUCUCUUGGCCGAAAUCGAAAGUCGAGCUGGAAUUGCUCCUGCUCCUGCCGCCGCUCCUGCUCCCGGGCCUGUGGUCGCCCCCGAAGAAGAAACUCUUGCACAGCGGCGCAUUCGGCUGCACAAGGAGAACGGUGGCCAGCAGGUUAACGCGAAGAACCCGCGCAUGCGACGAAGCAUGGCCGCUCUCCCGCAAGUUCGACAGCCACAGGUCGUUCGCCAGUCAUCAUCACACGAUGUACUCCAGUCCAACAUGAUGCAGUACGGGAACCGAAUGUCCAUGCAACAGUUCCCAACCUACAUACAGCAAGACCAGGGGGUGAACAUGGCUUCUUACCAACAACCUUAUGGCUACGGAAUGGGUUAUCCGCCUGUUUACCCGUACAACAACAUCAUGGGAGUGAACGGAAUGGUUUACCCCUCGCCUAAUGUCUGUGUCCCAACCACGCGGCAGCCCGUUGACCCAACUCAACGUGAUGUCAUUGACCGCUGGAGACAGAGCAUUCGCUUUUAA